CUGGUUCGUGACAAUGCAGAUCUGCGCUGUGAGCUUCCAAAGCUGGAGAAGCGGCUUCGGGCUACGGCUGAGAGAGUUAAGGCCCUGGAGGGUGCACUGAGGGAGGCCAAGGAGGGGGCCAUGAAGGACAAGCGGCGCUACCAGCAGGAGGUGGACCGCAUCAAGGAGGCCGUGCGCUACAAGAACUCCAGCAAGCGCGCCCACUCGGCGCAGAUCGCCAAGCCGGUGCGGCCGGGGCACUACCCGGUCUCGCCCACCAACCCCUACGGCGCCCGCAACUCCGACUGCGUUAGCUACACUAACAGCCUCUUCCAGAACUACCAGGCAGCCUACGGGCAGGGCUCCGCCCCAGACGCCUAUUUUGCCAACUCCUCGUCCAGCAGCGGCACGGGCUCCUCCAGCGGCCCCCUGGCCCCCUACCAGAAGCUGAGCGUGGAUAACGGGAACGCCACAGACAUCAACGAUAACAGAAGUGAGCUGCCCUGCAGCUGCCAGGCUGACGAACAAGCUAAGCUGUUCCCCCUCCACCAGGAGACAGCAGCCAGCUAAUAGUGCAGCUGUUUCUAACUGGGCUGGAGGCCUCUGCCCAGCAUGCUGCUCUCUGGCUUCCCGGGGCCUCUCUACUAACCCCCGUCUGUCCGUCCGCGCGUCUGCCUGUCCUGCUCUCUCGUCUCCUGUGUCGUUCCCCAGCUGCUGCGCUCGCUGUCUCGCGCUCUCUCUGUCCUUGCAAGCUCGUUGAGGUCACAGCUUGCCCGUCGGGUCCGGGCCCGGCCUGCCUGGGGCUGGCGCUCCGGCCCGACCCACCUUGAUUUUAAAAUGCCUUAAGCAGCCGCCAUGAGGAAUGUCCAACAUCGAACCCAGGCCCAGGACAAGCCCCUCUGCACCCCGCGGAGAGGGGGGUAUUAGCCAUUUCACCCCACGCCCCCUCAUCCGCCUCCCAGCCCUGGGCUCCCAGAGCCCGUGGCACCCCCCAGGUGCUGCCCUUCCCCCUGCUAGAUCGGGACCUGCUGAGGCAGAGGUGUCCCCGGCCGGGGGCGCCCUACGCGUAACCAGCAGCAGGGCCGCCUUGCCAGGCCCUGGGAGCCUGCUUUCUCAUCUCAAGGGGUGAGCGGCCCCCUGGUUCCCAGCCUGCCAUCCCACUGGGGUGGAAGGGGCCCCGCAGUGCAGGCAGGUCAGUGCCUAGGGCUCUUCCCUCUGUCCCCCCCAAGCUCACCCAGCUGCCAACACUGCCCCAGACCUGCCUGGCAUCUGGACUUGGGGCUGCAGCGGCUGCCGAGUGGCCGUCUGUCCCUUCCACCCAUAGCCGUGCUGGGGAGACAGCUGCUCGCCCAGCGUCAGACUAACCCCUGGAGAGCCCGUGACCCCAGCACAACCACUGGGCGGCCGGCUCAGCAGAGAUGCAGGGGAGCCCCAGCUCUCAUGCCCAGAGGGGGGUUGCUCCUGGGCAGGGCAGAGGUACCUGUGCUGGCGCUCGGGGCUGCACUCUGCAUCUUGCCCCCAGGAUGAGUCCCACCCCCAUGGCGCUGUCUGAGCUGGGCCCCUGCCUACUCCUUAGCCUCGCUCCCCAGGCUACUGAUCCCGGGGGGUGUGCGCACUGAUCGUCUCCUCUGGGUGCCUUCCAGGUCAAGGUGGGCUCCCCUCAGAGCUAGCAGGUAGGGGGGUUUUGGGGGCAGAGGCGCUGUGCUAGAAAAUGGGGGGACACUGCCACGGUUGUGAAAUCUGCCUGGGGGCUUUGCCCCUCCCCCCCAAUGCCCAUUAUACAGCUUAGCCUACGGGGGCCGGGCGUCCUGCACGGCGCUGUUCUGGACAAACCGAAGCUGCUAAACCCACCUCGGUGUCUUUUUUUCCCUGGGCCGGCGGGCGGCCGCCUCUAGCUUGCGUGUGUGUGUCCCCCCUCUUCUCCCGUCGCCACGGCCACUACGCCCAGAGCAGAGCGGGCCGGGGGGACCCUCGGCCCAACGUCGGGGUCACUCUGCCCCGCUCCUGCAAGGUGGGAACACGCAGGCCCCGCCCACUCCCCCUCUGCUCACAUCACACCAAAAUGUUGCA